UUUGAAGCAGCCUGUUUGUAUUUGCACCACAGCUGUUUUUGUUAUUCUGUCAAAACGUACUUGCAUAACCUAUAUCUUUUAAGAAAAACAAAAAAAUAAUAUAAAAAUGAUUUCGAUUGUUAGAAAUUUAUUGGCAUCUCGCACUGCUGCAAAUGUAGCAGCCUUUCGCUGUUUGGCAACUGAAGCCUCCAAUGCUGUUACUUCACCGGCCGAUUCACCUGUUAUAACAACACCUACACCAGCUGAAAUAAAUGAACAGGACAAACUAUUUAGCAAAUUGGAAAUUGAAUUGCGUGGUAUUGACCCGGCUGUUUUAAAAAGUUAUUCAUGGUUUGCUACAACAGCUGCUGAUCAUUUGGGCAUUGAAGUUGGAAAUUGUUGGUCCCCACGCAAAGCUUAUAAAGAACGCAUGACACUUUUAAAAUCAGUACACAUUUACAAGAAACAUCGGGUACAAUAUGAAAUUCGUACAUACUUCCGCUAUAUGAAUUUCCACAAAAUGACUGGAUCUACUUUAGACACCUUUUUGGAAUAUAUUGAAAGAAAUUUACCCGAAGGUGUGGCAUUAAAUGCAAAGAAAACAGAAAUACAAGAACUACCAGAACAUUUAAGAGAACCACCAAGUGAAAAUUAAAUAACGUUAAUAAUUUUUGUUAAAAUUUAAAAAAAUAUACUACAAGUAUUUUUUGUUAAAUAUAAAUCAUAUUAUAUAGUGGUAAUAAAUUAAAAAAAAAAUUCUACAACAUUGAAUUGCUACCAAGUAA